CCCCCACCCAGCCCCCUCGAAAAAAAAAACUAACCGCGCCACCACCAUCAGUCCAUCACCAUAUGCCAAGCUCCUCCUCCUCCUCCAACCCCUUCCACUGCUCCCUCACCUCCAACUCCCUUCCCACAUCCUCCUCGUCUCCGGCUCCUCCCCUCGCCGUCCCGCGCCUCCUCCCCGUCACCGCCCCCUCCUCUCCCUCUUCCUCGUCCGCGCCCAAUCUCAGGCCGCAGCCGCAGCGGCAGCGGCUGAUGGCCGGCCCGGCGGCGGCCGGCGGCGGGAAGGGGGCAGCAGGAGGAGGGAUUAAGGUUGGCGGGAGCGGGGGGCCCGCGUUCGUGGGGCAGGUGUUCACCAUGCUCGACCCCUCCGGGAACGGCCUCAUGGCCGUCACCAAACGCUUCGACCUCCCGCACUUCAUCGCCGACAGGACUCCUACAUGGUUUAAAAGGAUAUUGUCACCAUUGAAGAAGAGCGACAAUGAUCCAGUGUUUAGGUUUUUUAUGGAUCUGAAUGAUUCAGUGUCCUAUGUUAAGCGGCUAAAUGUCCCAAGUGGUAUGGUGGGGGCUUGUCGCCUUGAUGUAGCUUAUGAACAUUUCAAGGAAAAGCCUCACAUGUUCCAGUUUGUUCCAAACGAGAAGCAGGUCAAAGCUGCUAAUAAGCUCUUAAAGUCAAUCCCACAAAGGGGCAGAAAGAAAAAACUUGCUGGUGUCCCUGUUUUUAGUGCUCAAAAUUUGAAUAUUGCAGUGGCAACAAAUGAUGGAAUUAGAUGGUAUUCACCAUACUUUUUUGAUAAAAGCUUGUUGGACAAUAUUCUCGAAGCUUCAAUGGAUCAGCAUUUUCAUUCAAUGAUUCAAAACCGCCAUAUACAACGUAGAAGAGAUAUUGUUGAUGAUAGUUUAACAUCAGAAAUACUUGAAGAAAGUGCAGACAGCUUGCUUGAGCCUCCAGAGAUGCAAGAAUUGAUGAAUGAGAUUGGUCCAGCUGGAAUACCAUUAAGUGUUGUAACAAAAGCAGCUGAGAUCCAGUGUCUUGAUGUUGUUGAUAAAUUACUUUUAGGAAAUAAGUGGCUCAGAAGAGCUACUGGCAUACAACCACAUUUUCCUUAUGUUGUUGAUUCAUUUGAAGAAAGGACAGCAGUUUCAGUUGACAGGGUUGCUACCUCGAGUAAUACUUCAACUGCCUCUAAGGAUGCUGACUACUGCCCAAUUGAUCAGCAAUCUCAAACUUUGGAGUCAAACAUUGAUAGCGGCAACCACAGAAAACACAAUAGCCGAGAUCAUGGCCAGUCUCACUUCCCAUUUAGCAAUCUACUUUCUAAUAUAUGGCCAGGGCACGAUAGAAUGUUCAAACGGCAAGAAAAUGACUCCAGAUCCAGAAGAUAUGAUUCAAGCAUGAACAAUGAUUUGGAAGCAAAUCCUCUUCUACCCAAAAUCACCAUGGUUGGCAUUUCAAUGAGCGAAGGGGGACAAAUGAGCAAAGCCAACCUAAAGAAAACAAUGGAUGACUUGACAAAAGAGUUGGAGCAAGCAGGCGAAAAAACGGUCUUCGGCGGUGAGAAAGAUCCGCUGUUUGUUGCCAACGUUGGUGAUUACUCCAGGAUUACAAAGUUUAGCUCAACAUGAGAUUCAUUUUGGUACACGAGAUUCAUUCUCACAAAGCACAAGUAUGAGCACCACCCCGCUCUUCUCAUGAAGAGCUUCUGAUUCAUCUACUCAUCCAGUCGAUCCUGGUGCAUACUUGAUGUCAUAUGGCGAGCUUCUGAUUCAUCUACUCAUCCAGUCGAUCCUGGUGCAUACUUGAUGUCAUAUGGCGCCGCAAACGGCGUAAGGUUUCGUAUGUAUGUUUGUAAAAAAAUUAGGUGACGCGCAUUCGAUUGCCCAUGGUUUUGACAGUACAUGAGGAUUGAGGACGCACACCGGCAUGUGGUGGGUCGCAAGAUGUUCCUGUUUCCUUUCUCAGAAUUUCACAGUAACAGUCUGCCGAAGGAUGCUUGUCGGCGUACAUGUAUACUGAGCGCUUACUGCCAUUGUAUGCACAACAAACUACUGUAAGGAAGUAUGUUGGUCUGAGUUAGUCAUGAAUUAGACGGUGUAUUUGUAUAUUAUUCCGAAACAAAAACAAUGUCACUUAUUUCCUGACGGAGGGAGUAUUUGAAAUGGUCGAUGAAUCA